AUAAGUCUUUAGAAGUCUAACUACUGAUACUCAUCAAGUCUCUAUUGAAAAUUUACAUUAAUAAACAUCAUAAGUAUAUAGCAUUUCAAACAAUCGCCAGCUAAUUUGAUUGCACUCAAUUUGAAAAACUGAUUGCAAUUUCUUCACCAUUUCUACAGUUCUGAGCUCGAUUCAAGGGUAGGUAUGUACCUCCACACAAAUGCGGCAGUAUGGGGUUUAAAUAUUCAUUAAACGAGCGCACGUUUCAUUUCAUCCGAGAGUAACGAAGAAAAAUGUCUGUACCCCACAAUCGCACACGUCGCUGGCUGCUGUAGUGAACGAUACACCAUCCACCAGCAUUCAGCAUUCGAUGGAUGCAUUCGAUGGGCAAACCGCGUUGAAAUGCACUUCUGACACGUACCUACCACAGCGGGUCACGUAAACGUUAAUUUUCGAACGAAACCAGGAAAAGUAACACUUGGUUGAAUUAUGUAUUAGCAGGGGCAUAUUUCGACGCUAUCAACGAUAAAAAGUAUUGCAGGGAAUGUGCAGAAUUUCAAACAAGGAGAAAUUAGUCGGGUUUCCUGUGCUGCUGAAAGGAUAUUAAAGUACCUACCAAAAAGAUAUCAUUCAGUUCCUGUCGUUGGUUUUAACGCACUUAUUUGAUCUCCUUUGUUUAAGAAACACAUCAACAGUAAAAAAAUCAAACAUCACUGGCGCAGCAGCAGGCUCAAAUUUAAAUGCUUUGAAGUUGUCCUGACAACGUAGCCUCGCUCGCCACUGAAAGCAAUCCAUGGUUUGGCAAUUUUUAAACGUGACUUUGUUGACUCUCCUUGUUGCAGGAUCGUUAGAACGUAACUUAAUUAUGUGUUUUUUUUUAAUAAAACCAAUAUUGAAUGUCAAUACAAAUUUCAGCAAAAAACAAACACAGAUUCCAGUGGGAAUAAAAUGGACAUAUUUACAAACAGACAUAGAGCCAGUGCCUCAGAGAUGUUGAACUCUCCACACCUAGGUUAGUUUAUUCAUUAAUUCAAUUCAGUGUCGAUAAAUGAAGACUUAACUUAUUUCGAACAACACUGUCAUUUUUCCUAAAGUUUGUAAACAUUUGAGCAAACCUAGGGCAACUAGUAUCCAAUAACGAAAUCAGCACAUGUUGGUCGCUAUUUAUGGCACGAAAUUGUUAAUCACAGUAUGCCAGUAAAUUCCCAACCUUCGCCGACAUUUCCGAUUUGGUGCAAAGAUUUAAAUUGAACACUAAAUUCUUCCGGGGUCGCGUGAAAUGUCCACCUGCUAUCGUUCGGUUUGUUCCGGCCGGCGAAACGUGCCUCCUGUGCUACCCGAGCCAUUAAAUCAGCCCAAAUUACCUCUAACCAGCGCUGGAGUGGUCGAGGGCGUGAACAGUUUUCUGAACCAGUUCGAGGCACGAUUAAACAGUUCGUGGCAGAACGCCCUAUUCAUCAAGUGGUACGCCGUGCUGAUCAACGUUGUCGAAGCGUGUUUUACUAUUCAUGCGAUAGUCAAGUUUGGACGGGAGGAAACUAGGGGUUCCGGAGGUAGUGGAUCAGGUACAAUCAGCAAAUAUCUUCAUUUGUUGACAAAGGUGAUGACCGGACUAUCCAAUGUACUUGCAAUUAUAGGUAUACUGCAGCCCAACUGCAAGUACCUGCUGCCCUACUUCCUCAUCCACUUGGCUGUCCUGUUUCUGGAGCUGCACUAUUUAGUGGUCGGUACGGUACUCGGCUGGAACUUACGCAAACCGCGGACACGUGCCACCCGAGCAAGCGUCAGAUCAGUGUGGCGAACUCUGUCGAUGUUAACGUUUGUCGCUUUCAACUUGCUGAUAAUGAUUGGAGCGAGAUUCGCCACCAAUGUUGUCGUUACACUGCCAAAUUAGGUUGAUGCAAAACGUGACAUCGGAGCUGUAAAACGUGAACUUUUAUGCUUACCGGUCAGUUCAAGUACAAAUACCGUUAAAUGAUUGACGAUCGAUGUGGUUCGCAGAAGCUAAGGCUGGUUUGUUACGGUUGGUGUGCGUGUUGAAUAAAUCAUAUUGUAUUUAAAUCUGAAUAAUAAGAUUAUAUCUUCGAUUAAAAGCUUAUUCUAUUUCGCCAGUAAAUUAAAUUUGCUUCUAUAAAGAAUAAACAAUUGGGUAUCUCCAACAAAAAACACGAUUGUAAAUAUUGUAGAUGGCCUAUUCUAAGUAUAUAUGAAGAAACCAAUAAAAAUGACUGAUGCACACAAUAUUGUUGGCACUUUCAACUUUCUCAAACUCAGCUCCACCUCAAAAAGCCAAUCGCUCGAUUUUCUCAGCAGAUAAAGAUAACAGGAACAAUAUUAGCCCCACGUUUAUGCACAAACUUGGUAUCUAUGACGCGCUUAUUUCUUAUGAGUCUCAGACACCAAGACGAGUCAACGAACUUUCACGGAGUCCAUUGUUAAAUGUAAAUAAUGAUAGAACAUGAAACAUUUUCAGUCUCGACUGUUGCUGUAGUGUAUAUUGUAUCAGUCGAU